AUGACUCAAACACCAAAGCAAAAUUUUGAAGAAGAAGAAAAGAGGGAUAGUGUAGAAAACAUGAAAGGUCUAACAACACCUUUACAAUCAAAGUAUUGGCACCCAACAGCCCAAAACAACCUCAAAAACCCAGAAAGUUUCAAUCUUUACAGUCACCCAGUUAAAUUUAAUGGCAAAAACAACAUCCCCAUAUCAAGAAAAGUGAAACCCAUCUCUUGUUUUGCUUCAGAGAACACAAAUCAACCAAUCUUGAAAGAAUCAAAGCCUCCAUUGGUUGUAGUUGGAUCAGCUAAUGCAGAUAUCUAUGUGGAGAUUGAUAGGUUACCAAAAGAAGGGGAAACAAUUUCAGCCAAAACAGGUCAAACAUUGGCUGGUGGAAAAGGGGCUAAUCAAGCUGUUUGUGGUGGAAAGCUUGAUUAUCCAACUUUUUUUGUUGGUCAAGUUGGUGAAGAUGCUCAUGGGAAAUUGAUUACUGAAGCUUUAGAGAGUGGUGGAGUUUGUGUGGAUCACCUUACUACUGUUUCUAAUGCUCCAACUGGAAAUGCUGUGGUGAUGCUUCAGUCUGAUGGGGAGAAUUCGAUUAUUAUUGUUGGUGGUGCAAACAUGUCUUGUUGGCCUGAAGAAUUGUCAUAUGAGGAUUUGGAGAUUGUGAGAAGUGCAGGGAUUGUGUUGCUCCAGAGGGAAAUUCCAGAUUUUGUUAACAUCCAAGUUGCAAAGGCUGCCAGGAAUGCAGGUGUUCCAGUUAUUCUAGAUGCUGGUGGAGCGGAUUCUCCAAUCCCUCUAGAACUUCUUUGUUGUGUUGAGAUUUUCAGCCCAAAUGAAACUGAGCUGGCUCGCAUAACAAAAAUGCCAACUGGAAAUUUCGAACAAAUCAGCAAUGCAGUGGAGCAGUGCUAUGACCUGGGAGUUAACCAGGUCCUUGUUAAGCUUGGGGCCAAUGGAUCUGCUCUUUUCACCAAAGGAGAGGAACCCUUGCGGCAACCCAUUAUUAAAGCUGCAAAAGUCAUUGAUACAACAGGAGCUGGUGACACUUUUACAGCUGCUUUUGCAGUGGCCCUAGUGGAGGGUAAUUCUAAAGAGGAAUGUUUGAGAUUUGCUGCUGCAGCAGCUUCUCUAUGUGUUCAAGUGAAGGGAGCCAUUCCAAGCAUGCCCGAGAAGAGAGCAGUGUUCAAUCUUCUCCAGUCAGCUUGAAGACUUGGAGUUUCCUUU